GUCCAGUUUUCACCCGACACAAUUCUGCUCUGUCCAUGGCUGCUCUUCUCCCUCAAUUUCUCCCCCAACGAAUUCUUCGCGAACAUUCUUAUUCUUGUGCGCAAAGUCCUAAACUCUGUUUCUCUAACCUAUAUCAACUCAUUCUACUAGUUGUCGUUUCCUAUCUGCGAGAACUGCCACUAUCUUCUGUUCGUAGAGUUGACGACUGAGAUAAUUUGAAGAAGUUUCCAAAAAAAAAAAAAAAAAAAAAAAAGAACUGAAUGAGUAUGAAAGUUCAACGCUUUCCCAGUAAAGCCGCCAUUUCAGCCACCAAAAGGUCGCUUUAUUCCGGUGAACUACCUCAUACCCAGCAGGGUGUUGCAGAAGUCAAAUUCAGUGGUGAAGAGUUCGUGGCAAAAUUGCUUGAUAGAAGAUGGACACUGCCAGUCCCUGAUGCCAAAAUUCAGCAAAUAUUGCUUUCUGCAAAGAAUGGUUAUGGAACACUUGGAGGUUAUCUGUCCAAUGAUGUUUCCCUAUUGAAUAAUGCUAAUCUUGGUCCUAGAAUGAUGGAGGACAAUCAAGAACCGUCCUUUUAUAUUGUGAGGGAUGAUUUGUUGCAUCCAUUGGUAAAUGGCAAUAAAUCAAGAAAGCUCGAUGCAUUGCUUCCUCUUGUUGAAGAUCAUUCUGUGACAGAUGUGGUUACAUGUGGAGGUUGUCAAAGUGCACAUGCAGCAGCUGUAGCUGUUUCAUGUGCAGAGAGAGGAAUAAAAUCGCAUUUGCUUCUACGAGGGGAGCAGCCCGAAAUUCAGACGGGCUAUAACUUGAUUUCAGCAAUGUAUGGAAAAGUCACUUAUAUCCCAAGGUCUCUUUAUGCUGACAGGAAAAAAAUGCUCAAGAACCAUGCUGAUUAUGUUGCUGGCAGUAGUGGUCAUGUUCUGUGGUUUGACGAUAUUUUGGAGGAUUCUACGAUUCGAAAUAAUUUCGGUUCAAAUUUUGCGCAACAAGAAGCUCGUAGAAGUGGUCAUUCAAGAAACAUAGCUAUUGUCAACGAAGGUGCAGGGGAUGUUGUGGCAUUACUAGGUGUGAUUCGUCUGGUGCAGUACUUAUCACAGGAUCAUUUAUUUGGAAAGAAAAGGAGCUUGAAACUUAUUGUAGAUGCUGGUACUGGGACAACAGCUGUUGGUUUAGGACUUGGGGCCAUAUGUUUAGGGCUUCCAUGGGAGAUAACUGCAGUGAUGCUGGCCGAUACAGUUGAUAAGUACCAACAACAUGAGACACGCUUGAUUUCCAAUUUCAAGAGACACUUUGGUUUUCCUUUUGUGGAAAGCGGAUUAAAUGACGCAAGCGAGUCUGUCGUUCAUUGGGUAGACCGUCACUGUCCACGAAAAUUUGGUAAUGUUUUGGAAGGGGAAGUGGAGGCAUGCCACGAGAUUGCACAGAGAACUGGUAUAUUAGUUGAUCCCGUGUAUACACUUUCUGCUUGGGAAAUGGCAACAGUCCUUGGUAAGAGGGAAACUAAAGGAGAUGCAAAGGUGGUAAUGCUUCACACUGGAGGAACUUUGGGAAUGUUUGGAUUAGCACAAAGAUAUAGAUCCUACUUCUCUAAGCUCAAAGAUUAGUGAUAAAACACAUAUGCACCAAUGAAAGUACCGGCUAAAACUUAUUACUGUUAUGUAUGUAUCAAGUUCUGUAUUUUUACAUUUUUUUUUAUUUUGAUAUGAUUUUAAUUAAGUCUAAUGUUUAGAAGCAUGCACUAUCGUUAAGAACCCCAGUCGAAAAGAACUCUUAAAAUUAAACUUGUAAUUUAAUCUGGGCGUCUUAUUAUUCUCCACAAAAUCUGA